CUCGCCCUAGGCUACUACUUCGUCUACCUAGAACCGCACCAGCAGACAACAGCAAGCAUUGGCGGCAGUGCUCUUCGUCCUCGAUCCGCCCUCUCCCGAAUCUCACCUCCACCUCCCAGUCCAGCUCCUCACCGUGGUCUGGUCGCCCCGCUCCCAGAGCCGUCCGGGGUCACGUCCCAGCCGGCCAGCCGUCGAUCCGCUAAGCUCCGGACUCGUCCCCGACCUUCGAUCCGGGUCCCUGGGUCGUGGGCGCGCGGCUGCUACUUAUCUACCGACCCAACCUUCGGAAUGGCAGAUCAAUGCAGAGUUUCCGCUGCUGCCCUUAUAGCUGCAUCCGAGGAGUGUUCGUACGUGUUCAACUUCAAGAUACAAGGAUACUCAAGAGCCAAGGAGCUAUUCAAGAACGGCGAGUGCGUCGCUUCUCCCCCUUUCAGUUUUGGAGGUUACAGUUGGGUUCUGAGGUACUGCCCGAACCGCCGCCUCGCAGGUCAGGUCAGUUACACGCAACUGGUUCUUGAUUCUGAUGAUGCCAAGUAUGUGAAGGCGCAACCCAGGUUCAGCGUACUCGACAAGGAUGGGGUACCAGUGAAGCAACUCAGUGGUUUCAUCCAGCAAAGGAUCUUCCCCUUCCGAGGUGCAAGUUUGGGCCUCCUUAUGGACCAGGCGAGUUCGGGCCAAUCAGAACACUUAGUGGAUGACUGUUUGAGCAUCAGGUGCGAUCUUACUCUCAUCAAAGACGUCUGCAGUGAACAAACAGUGGGCGAUCAGUUUGUUGUGGUUCCCCCAAGUGACUUGCAUCGGCAUUUCGGCAACCUCCUGGAGAGCAUGGUCGGAGCAGACGUCACCUUUCAUGUUGGUGGGAAGGAGUUCUUGGCUCAUAGGUUCGUGCUCGCUGCGAGGUCAUCUGUAUUCGAGGCCGAGCUCCUCGGCGCCAUGAAGGAGAAUGUUGGCAGUCCGAUUGUCAUCCAUGAGAUGGAACCCGAUGUGUUCAAGUUCUUGCUCCAUUUCAUAUACACCGACUCGUUGCCGGUUCUUGAGUUUGCUACCGACCAAGGUGAAGCAGUGGUGAUGGCUGGCCAUCUGCUUGUGGCAGCAGACAGGUACAACGUUCAGAGGCUGAAGCUGAUAUGCGAACACAAGUUAUGCAGCCACAUUGAUGCCAACAUGGUGGCCACCAGUUUGGCUUUAGCUGAGCAGCAUAGCUGCCAUGGACUCAAGGAAGCUUGUCUACAGUUCCUUUCCUCUCCCUCCAAUCUGAAGGCGAUGAUGGCAACUGAUGGCUAUGAGCAUCUGAAAACCAGUUGCCCCUCUGCCCUUAAGGACCUCAUUGUUAGGCUCCUGCCGGUUGAAAUGGAAGUGGCCAAGGAUAUUGUCAUGGCAAUAUAGUAGUGUGGCUCAUGAUAAAAUGUAAGUUAAUUAUGUAUCUAUACA